AUGAAACAAAAAAUAAAAUUACAUAUUAUUAUUAAAAUUUCUAUGUUUCUCUUUCUAACUUGGAUAUGUCAUUUUGGCAAUAAUCUGAGUACAUUUAGUAAGACCUUGGAUAAAAAUUUCUAUCUUGAUAGAAAAUUAGCUACAAGAAAUUACCGAUCACUAGUAAAAUAUAAGCAAGAUUAUUCAAAUAAUGAAUGUUUAAAAGAAAAUUUUCCGAAUAAUGGAGUGAAUGAAAAAAAUGAUAUAUAUAGUAAUAAAAAGGGGACCAAAAUAAAAAGCAAACAAUCAAAUAGAAGUUUGUUAAAUAAGGCACAAUACUAUACAGAAGUUGUUGAUUAUAAUAAUGGAAUGUUUGAUGGAAAACAUUUCCAUUUUGAAAAAAAGUUAAUAAAAAAAAAAGAUUACGAUAAUAUUAUUGAAAGAAAAAGGAGGAUUAGAAAUAUAAGUUUAAAGAAAAUAAAAUUUAGAAGUUAUAGUUUCGGAGUUGCUAUAUUAUUUCUUUUUUUCUUGCUAGGAUUUGGAUACCCCGCAUUGCAUCAUUAUAGUGUGUUGGAAGGAGUAGGAGAAAAACUCAUAGAAUUACUAUCAGUUUUUUAUGAUAAACUUAAUAAGGCAUUAAAAGCCUCCGAAAUGUGUAUAAUAUUAUAUAGCAUAGUUAUUGUUAUAUUAUCUGUCAUAAUUAUAGUAGCAAUAUAUAAAAUCUUAAGAAAUAAUGAAAAAUAUAAAAUAAUAAAGCUGAUGACUGAAUAA